GCGAAUGGCACGUACAUUAAUAAUCUUAAUGUACGACGAACGAUUUGUUCAAAUUUCUAAACCAUUAUUGCAUAAAACAAUAUUCUAAAAACAAAAUGGUUAUACAAAUUUUGUUAACAAUAUUUUCACUAUUAUUACAGGGUAUAUUAUAACAAUUUUAAUUUUCUUUCUUCCAUAUUUUAAUUCGGAAAUUGAUCUCACAGUGGGUUUGGUUUUUGUAUUUCAAUAAACAAGUUUUUGAUUUAUAUUUGUCUCCUAGUCAGUUUAGUGCCGUCAAGAAAUGGUAAUGAUCAAAACGUGAUCUGUGUGCUUAGUUUUUUUUUAUCUGAAAUUUGUACUAAGAUUUUCGAUGAGAAUGACUUUAGUAUCAAACGUUCGUGGAUUGGGGUUUGUCACACUUAACUAACAUGUCGUAUUCACAAAAUUUGACAUAUUCGUGACGACAGUGUAGUGGCUAGAAAUUAGCCCGAAAAAAGAAUGAGGACAAGUGAUGAGUUUUCAGCUGAAUUGACAGAAUAUAGUUCAUAUGGUGGAACGCGUUAUGGCGGUAAUUGGAAUAGCCGUACGCCUUCGAACGGCCGAAAUCGCAUUCCGGCAGAAGCUGAAGAUGCUCUCGGCUCUACCGAUAGCCCUCGGGGAUACUUUAAAGGACGUUCGGGACUCUACUAUUCGCCGCCCGGUACAUCUUACACCAUUGUUGAAAGGCCGUCUUCGGGAAUGCACCAUCACUCUUCAAGAGAUAGAGAAUUUAGUUCUCAACAUUACGUUAAAAGUCCGAAAGGGACUUAUUUAGGUAGUAAUCCAAAUUUUGAAAGAUCGCUAGCAAAUAAUAAAAAACGACCUAUAUCACCAGAACAAGUACUGCGUUUGUUUGGUACCACACAAAAUCAAUCAUCUAACAAAUUAAACGUCGAAAGACCCCGAAGAUCUCCGGCGAGUAGUCCAGCAUCAACAACGCACCAAGUUAAUUAUAGAAUUCCUAGUUAUGGAUUUAGUAUACACGAACUUGUUACUAGAACUGUUACAAUGGUUCGAGAUCCUCCAGACGGUACCCAUGGGUUUGGAAUAUGCGUUAAAGGUGGUAAAGAAGCCGGCGUAGGUGUAUAUAUAUCGCGAGUGGAAGAGGGAAGUGUAGCCGAAAGGGCCGGUUUGCGGCCUGGAGAUUCAAUUCUUGAAGUUAAUGGAACUCCUUUUACAGCAAUUACUCACGAAGAAGCACUUAAGAUGUUAAAGUCCUGUCGAAAGUUGAGCAUGACUGUAAAAUCGCCAGCAAUGCCAGCCGGUGCUUUGGAGUCACGCUGUGGCCCACUUUACCCUAGACAAACCUGCUCCUGGAUGGAUCGACAAGGUAGACCGGUGUCUCCACCUCUCGAGUACUCUAGGAUGUCUGGUGUACCUCCACAACGCUAUGGGUACAAUAGGUCUUCUAGUAAGGAUCGCAGCAUACGAAGGGUUGAUUUGUGUAUAGAACCGGGCCAAAGUUUAGGAUUGAUGAUACGAGGGGGUGUUGAGUAUAAUUUGGGUAUAUUUGUAACUGGAGUUGAUAAGGAAUCAGUCGCCGAUAGAGCAGGGUUAAUGGUGGGAGAUCAAAUUUUAGAAGUAAAUGGACAAUCGUUUUUGGAUGUUACUCAUGAUGAAGCCGUCACUCAAUUAAAAUAUCACAAGCGCAUGUCUUUAUUAGUAAGAGACGUCGGAAAAGUUCCUCAUUCUUGCACUCCCUACGAUAGAGAUUGGGACCUUUGUAGUCCGGGUAGUAAAGCAGCCCACACUACUAAGAAAUGGUCGGCGGCCUUACAAAUGGUCGAAGAGAAAGCAAAAUGCCUUUUGUCUAAGCCUGAAUUUACAUCGCUUUGUUACUAUGUCGAUGAAUAUGCUUCUAGACAUAUGACCAUAGAUGCCUUUGUACAUGUUAUGACUGAAGUAUUAAGUACACCCGAGAAGCACACUCUCAUGACUGAACUUCGAGAAGUUGUGGCAGUUGAAGAUCGUUCCAGGUUUGAUGAGUUAGUGUACAGAAAAGACACGGAAGUACUUCGUGGAAGAGAUCCUAGAGAUUACGAUUACCGCCAUUCUCGGAGAAAAGCUGGAAUGGCGGAAAGUAAUAACGCACCAUUUUUGUCAACGUUCCCGGAGUCGGAGAAGAUCGCGAAUGUCGAACACAAUUUAGCGUGUUAUAGUGACGAGGAGUAUCAUUCUCCUAGCGAAGAUUCUGGUUUGGGGAUGGGGAUUACGGAUCGUGUCCAUAGAACAUCUCAACGGCCCGGAAGCGCCACUAAUAGUGUGUGGCCGCCUGGAAAAUCCGAGUCGAAAGACGAAGUUAAUCCCGUUCAGGAUUAUACAAGUGGAGACGAUGAAAAUCCUACCGAGAAUAGAAGUAGAAGACAUUCAAGCCCUGGAGAGUCUCAAACAGGAAGUGCAACUGCUUUACAUCAACCUGAUUACUCGGAUUCUGACCAGAGCGGGUACCUGGGCGGACUUCGUUCAAGCUUGGGCGGGUGGACGCAGAAAGUCAAGUCUUGGUACUGGGGCAGACCUCUUGAAUUGGCUCACAAGCUGUCCAGAAGCUUCGACAUGAAAGACGGACAAAAUCUUAUUGAGAGUGAAGGUGGAAUGCGAAGGCAUCAGUCAAUGCAAAGAUUAUCUAGAGACGGUAUUUCGGGAGGUGGAGAUGAUAGUCCUAAUGUGGUAACCGAUGAAGGGGGUAAUCUUAGGAUAACGGUUAAAAAAACCAAACCAAUUUUGGGAAUAGCAAUAGAAGGCGGUGCUAACACUAAACAUCCACUCCCAAGAAUUAUUAACAUAAACGAGAAUGGCGCUGCUUACAGUGCAGGUGGAUUGGAAGUGGGUCAACUAAUCUUGCAAGUAGAUGGUACACGGGUUGAAGGUUUACAACAUCAAGACGUUGCGCGCUUAAUAGCAGAAUCAUUUGCAAGAAGAGAUCGAGAAGAAAUUGAAUUUUUAGUGGUAGAGGCUAAAAAAAGUAAUAUGGAGCCUAAACCGACCGCUCUUAUAUUUCUAGAAGCUUAACAUUUGCUCAGCCUCCCCCCUAGUGAUCCUCCAGGACCAAACGAAGGAUCUGGAAAUGUCACCGACUAAUACUUACACCGACACAUAUCAAAACAUUAGCGGCUUUUUUAGGAAGCGCACAUCUAGGAAAGCAAAUAGGUGGGUCGCUUUUGUAAUUUUUUCUUUAAAGAAAAAUUCAAGAGCAACUCGGGAUAGAUUUUAUAUAAUAUGCAUUUAAACCAUUGUAAUAAUAACCAUGUUCAUUAAAACUUAAUUGUUGUGUACAGUUUUCGUAUAUUAAAAGGCUUUAUAUGUGUACAUAAAUGGUUGUUUGCAUAUUAUACAUGUGGGUAAUUCAAUAUUUGAUCAAAUCGGUGACCCGAAUUAGUGCAAAUCUAGAGGGCGAGGCAAUUAUUACAAAACCUAAUAGAAUAAAAGUCAAACAUGUAAAUAUACAACAAGUAAUAAUAUUAUAGGUAUAUACUAUAUAUUUUGAACCUACAAACAAGACGUAUUUUCAAACCUUUUAUACCUAUAGAUAUACAUAGAUACAGCAUACACAUAAAUAUCUUGCGUCAAUGGCGAUUAAUCUUCCUCUACAAAAUACCAAAGAACAAGACUGAAACGAAUUAAUAGAACCUUACUGCUAACAAAUACCUGCAGACAUGUGACUAAUUAAAUUAGAAAACAUUCAAAUUAACUGUCACUAUUAAUUUGUUUCGGUUUAACAAGAGCCAUUAUGGAAUAUACAAAUAGUAGAUGUGCCAAAAUGUCUCUACGUCUAUAAAAUAAGAAAAAAAAACAACAAAAACAAAAAGUGAGCCCGCUUUCAAUCAGGGAUUGUUUAAAACGAUCCUAUUUAUGUUCGAAUAUGCCUUCACUGCAAUGCAAUUUGCUAUGCACUGUUUUAAUAUGUAAGCUAAGCUAAUAAAUAAUAGGUUGUUAUUUUUCAAUCAUGUGUGAUAAUUUAAUAUUUUCGCCUAUAAGCCUAUAAUCACUAGUGAAUAUUAGAGCUUAAAUCACUUUAACCUACCAUAUUAAUAUUAUUGUAUAUAUCAGGGAACCAUCCUGUAUGUAUGUAGUUGUUAACGAACUAAAAAGCAAUGUUCUUACGCUUGUGAAAUAUGAAAAGGGAAUUGCGCAACUUAUAAUUUAAGGAGAGGUGAGGUGCUUGCGAUUCCACUUUUAUUGUUUUUUUUCUAAGCUAUUUUGAUUAAGUGUCAUUGUAAAGAGGGCCGGAGAUUUUUUUUAAAUAUUAGUAUUGAACCUUCAAGGGAGUCAAGGCAAUAAAGUAGGUAUGUGUCUAAUUUUUUGCGCAAAUAAUAUCUUAUUUGGAUAAAACUACCUCAGUUAAAAAUUCUCCGGUAACUCCUAUAAAUCUCUGCUGUUAAAGCUAAAUCAGGGAUGCAAGACAAAUCGUUUCGCUGAUCACUUAGAUGAAUAAGUUGUUAUUGUUAAGGAGAUAUUUUUAAAAGUUUUGUGUAAGGUACUGGAGUGCCAAAAUAGUUACUAAAAUUUUAUCAUUAAUUAAAUUGUGCAUAGAUACCAAAAAGCUAAGCUUACCAUACGGAUGCACAUUGACUAAAACAUUAUAUAUCUGAAUAAUGUUAAAUUUGGUUGUUGAUUAUUUCUAAGAUUGUAAAGUAUUAUAUAUUUGUAAAUAUUCGGUACUUGUCACAAAUACUCAUAAUUCAACCCAUAUACGAUAUGUGCAUAUAGAAAUAUAUAAAAUUUGUGCAUUUGCUUUAUUGAAAGGUAAUGCCGUUAGAGACUGCUAUAGGUUUUUUUAAAUAUUCUUUUAAAAAAGUUAAGCAAAUGUCGCAAAUGCAAAAAUUCCAUAUUGUUUUACACCAUUCAUAUGCAAUUUUAAUACAA